AUGAACAAUAACCAGAGCUCUGUGACCAAUUUCAUCCUUUUGGGCUUCUCUUUGUCUCAGGAAAUACGCCUCUUUUUAUUCAUCUUCUUCACUGUUAUUUAUUCAUUGACUAUAUCUUCUAACCUCCUCAUCAUUACUCUUGUCACAACUCAGAGGUCACUUCACAAACCAAUGUACUUCUUUAUUGGAAACUUUUCAUUCUUAGAGAUAUGGUACACUAGUGUUACAGUCCCUAGGAUGCUAAAUGACCUGGGGACAGGGAAUAAGACUAUCUCACCUAUUGGUUGCAUCUCACAGUUCUACUUUCUCUUCUUCCUUGGAGCAACCCAACACUUUCUUUUGACCAUAAUGGCUUAUGACCGUUAUCUGGCCAUCUGCCAUCCACUGCAUUACACCAACAUCAUGAGUGCUCCUUUUUGUAGAAAACUGGCAUCUGGUUCUUGGCUUGCUGGAUGCCUUUCCAUAUCUUUGCCAGCUGUUAUGAUGUCAAAACUUGUGUUUUGUGGUCCAAACACAAUUGAUCACUUUUUCUGUGACUUUAGCCCUCUUCUGCGCUUAUCCUGUACAGACACCUGGCUUAACGAGAUCAUUUUCUCAGUAGUAGCAUGGAUAGUCAUCCUUGGUUGCUUCUUUUUUACCUUUUUGUCCUAUGUUGCUGUAGUCAUUACUAUCUUGAAGAUACCAUCUUCUCUUGGACGCCAGAAAGCUUUUUCCACCUGUGUCUCUCACAUUGCUGUUGUCGGAAUAUUUUUUGGUACAGUUAUUUUUAUGUAUAUCCGCCCAAAAGCUAAGAACUCUUCCCCUGUGGAUAAAGUGGUCUCUGUCUUCUAUUCAGUGGUGGUUCCUUUAUUGAACCCAAUGAUUUAUAGCCUACGAAACAAAGAAAUGAAAGAUGCCCUGUGGAGUGUUUUGAAGAAAUUUAGAAAGUAG